CUACAUAAUUUUUUUUAAAACACAGCAUUUGACAUAUAAUUUACUUCGUUUUUAUUUUGAUUAGCUAAUUCGCUAAAAAAUGCAGACGGAGAUAACAAGUGUUUUCAUUAUUUGUUAAUGUUGGCAACAGUGCAGUUUUUGUCAAUUGCAGCUUAUUUAAUAGCCGAGAAACGAAUUUCAAUUGUUUGCCGGUAGCCUUCGGAAGUGGUUGAUAAGUGUAAGUGUUUAGUGAAAGACGUGAUUUUUUAUUUCGAGUGAAUUUGUUAGAAUAUCGGUGUCUUACAAAAAACGACGAAUUUUAAAAAAUAAAACCAUGUUUUAAGUUGAUCCAGUAAUAUUUAUCACCUAUAAAAUGAAAAUGGAGUGUGCAGUUUUUGCGGGUUGCGUCUGCAUAAUUAAUUUUAAAAAUCGGCAAUGGAUGAAAAUCAUAUUAAUCCUAAUGAUGCUUCAGAAAAACCACCCAAGGUUUCACUAAAUCCUAUAGCAUUGAAGGCUUUGCAAGAUCUAAUAAGAUCUACUGGUUUUGCGCAAUUAUUCAGAAGUCGUCUGAUAUUUUCGGAUAUAAAACGGCUUCCACCACUUUUUCCUGAACCGCCGAUUUAUUAUCCAUUACCAGUCAAUAUAAGUGAAAACGUCAAAACAUUUGAGUUGUUGAAGUUACCACCAGGAUGUGUUGGUGCACCAUCAAAGACUGUUCUACAUAUGGGAAAUGAUUUUAAAGGAUGGGAUAUUGCAUUACCAAUUGAUCAGGAAAUAUUCGAUCUGGAUUUAUUUUGUUCCAACUAUGCUGAUCAUAUCCAUGAUUAUGUGAAAACAUUAGAUAAUAAUUCUAAGAAAGAAUUAGAGUAUUGUUAUAUUCGAGGCUUUGAAACACCUAAUGACUCGGUUUUUGAAUUCUUUACCGAUGAGCAAGUUGCAAAACUUUUGGAGGAUUUGAGUAUUCAAGAGCCAAAAAAGACUGAUGGGCAUGACAAAAAUGCUCAGUAAACAAACUCCACGCCCCCAAGAUGGCAUGUCGAGUUAUAUUAUCCAGAAUUUUGCAAAUACAAAAGUAUUUUUUAUCGUUCAAUUACUUAAUCAUUAAUUAUUACUUAAUAUCGAAUAUUGAAAAAAGAGUCUACGAAUUUAUUGUUAAAACUACGCAUUUACCAUUACAACUACAUUAUAAAUUAGAUUUUGAUGACUGAAACAACCGAAAUAAAUCUCAGUACCUCUGUUAGUAUUAUAUAGACUGAUAAACUAUAAACCACUUUUGUUAUCUUACACGUAGAACUUAAAUUUUAAUGGUGAUAAAAUUGUUAACAUAACUAUUAAAAAUAGUUAGCAAAACAAAUUGUUAUAGAAUUUUGGUUAAGCGAAAUUGUUUUACUAUAUCGCUUGACAUUUAUUUAUAUUAAUAGCACUACUAAGUCAAAAACUGAACCACGCGAAACUGCGGCUGUGUCUACAUAUUUUAAUAUAUGAAUGGAAUUCAAAUAAUAUUUAAGGUGUUUAACAUAACACAACUGACUAUAUCUUUGUUUUAGCAAGUUUUUACGUCACAAUUGACUCGUAUAAAAAUAUAUACGUAUAAAAUAAAUUUUAGAAAUAUAUUUGAUUUUAUUAA